AUGGCAGCCAAUGUGCUCCCGCUCCUCGGCUCGUCAACCUAUGCCCAUCGGAGCCAUCAUACACCGGUCCUCGCCCCGCUCGCAGCGGCGGCGACAGCGGAAGACGGAGAGUCCGCCAGCCCGGUCUUCGGCUCACAGCAUCCUUGUCGUGACGCAGAGGCCAACGCACCACCAUCGGUGUCCAAGUGGUCACGCCGCGUCCUCGCCGAAGACAACACCAAUCGUGUCUACUUUGACGGGGUAGAGUACACCGGGGCAUACCAGCCGGUCUUUGACACCUCAGCCGAUCUGCACGCACCCACCGUCUCGGUCGCCUUGCGCACCAGCCAUCACCCAGACGCUGGCCUCUCGCCAAUCUCCUCGCGCCUUGCCUCUACUAACGACACCAUCCGCGCUCUGCUUGACCGCUCAAACUCGCUCCUUCAGCGCUCGCCGCCGUCUGGUCGCGUCAUGAGCUCCGACCACAUCUACCAGCCCGGCGAGUCGUUCAACCUAGGUCCGCUCGCCGACGCCAGUGCCGUCGUCCCCCCAGCGCUUGCCCCGUCGUUGCAGCGGCAGACAAGUCCUAAUGAUGAUGCCGACGUCGCCGACGAUGGCGACGACGCACGAGCGCUCGACAUCCGCCCGGCUCCGAUCGUCACCGUCGCCGACACCAGCGAGAUCGAACGUGAUGCCACCGCCAGUCCUCCGCAGCGCCCGCUCGAUACCACCGAGUCCCGCAUCCAAGCCACGCUCGAUGCGGCGCUGACCAGCGCGCGUUCUACCCAGCCACAGCAGGACCCCGACGCGACGCUGCUAGACGAAUCCAGCUUUGCCGACGGCAACGAGUCGAUGGCCCAGGUCGCGCUCAACGAGUCGGUCGCUCGCCUCAAGUCGGCCGAGGCCCGCGUCGAGGCACUGCUUGCCAAGCGUCGCGCUGAGCGCGCCCGGGCAGGCGCCAGCGGACCCAACGCCCUCGUACCGCGCUCGGCUGCACGUACCACCGCCGCCAACGACCUAGCCAUGACUCACUCGCAGUGGUCUGAGCUCGACGUCCUCGAGCCGGCCUCGGACUUUCCCCAGCCCGACCACUACCUUUCGGCUCGUGCCGCAUACCUCAUCGAUCCUAAUGCGCCCUCACACCGCGCCUCGCCGCUCGCCACCCUUCAGGAGACCUCGCUGGGCGCCUGCAUUCGCUCCGAGGACCGCGACUACAACGCUGCCGGUGACCCUCACAACGUCUCCGGUGCCGCCCAUGACGCGGGCGAAGCCUCGUUUGUCUUUCCUGCCCAUCCAGCCUCGUCCUCGUUCGCCCGCUCGGUCCCCACCGCCGCGCCUGCCUCGAUCGGCUUUAUCCGCGACGUCUUUGACCCGGCGUUUGAGCCCGCAGACUCAGCGCCGCAUGCCGCUGCACGCACUACCAUCGCUAAUCUCUCGCACACUCUCUCGCCGUCGUCUGAAAACAUGCCGCCGUGCGGGCCCGGAAACGUCUCGUUUGCCGCCUCGCCCUCGCGCGUCACCACGUUUGACGUCUCCGCUCCGCCGUCAGCCAUCAAGGCCUCGGCCUCUGUGCUACAUGAGCGCGCGGCAUCGGCCGCGCUCGACGAGUCCGAGCUUGAUGGGCCUGAACUCGACAACCCGUCUCAGGCGCUCUCGCUAGGCGCGCUCUCAUCCGAGUGCUCUGAUGAGGACGCCAUCGAAGAGGACGCCAUCCCGCCGCCAGAGACCGAGCUGCCACCAACCCAGCUCGCACUCUACUAUCUCGAGUACGUCGCUCACAAGCGCCGGCCAGUCCGCGCCCUUGCCAUGGAGCAUGUGCUGGACGUGGUGACUCGGACCAAGCCCUCGUUCACCGAGCAUGUCCAUGCCGCCAACUCGGCCGAGUUUGCCUCGUUUGCGCUCGAGCGCAUCGUGCAGUGCAUCAUCAACAACCUCGAGCGGUUCGAGGUCGACGGCGGCUCGUCGCUCAACUACUCGGCCGCCCAGAUCCUGCUUGUUUUAGGGGCACCGUACAUUGACCCCGCCCUGCCGGUUCUCCAAGUCAUGCUCCGCAACCCGCUGCUCAACCUCGCCACCCAUGAGAUGGUCGUCAAUGCGCUCCUGGCUGCAGGCUCUGCAGGCAUCACUGCGCUCAUGGAGCUCGCCCAGGACGAGGGCUUUACCGGCAACGCUCGCCUCCUCCUCAACGCGCUCGCCGCACACGGCCCCAUCCGCACCCAUGUCGUCGUCCCGGAGCUCAUCCGCAUGGUCGCAACCGGCCCGACCUCAUCGCGCGCCGUCGCCGUCCUAGCCCUCUCCAAGAUGCUCGACGCCGCCGCGCCGGCCAUCCCGGUCCUCCGCAACGCCCUCCUCUCUGGCUCGGUCGACCGCUAUCUCGUGGUCCAGGCCCUGCGGACCGCCGGCGACGACGGCGAAGCCGUGCUCAUCGAGCUCCUGGCCACCGCCCGCAACGCCGCUGUUCGCGCUGCCGCCGUCCGCGGCCUCGGCCUCCCGCGCUUCCACAUGGCCAGCGAUGCCCGCCUCGUCGCCCGUGCCACCUCGCUCCACGUAUGCGUUGAGGCCGACCUGGCCUCUGCCGCCACACACGCCCCGCACGAUCCACACUACGUCUACCUUCUCCCGCCAGACGCCUCGGCUACCACAACCGUCCGCGCCGACGGCAACGAGCUCCCUACCGACGCCGAGGAGCGCCUCGUCGUUGACGCCCGCGAAUUGGUCUCUUCCAUUCGCCGCGCCCUUGUCCGCGGCGUGUUUGAUGAUCCCAAGCCGUCGGCCGACUCGGCUCGCGCCGCCGCCCAACUCACCAUCGACGCCCACGCUGCCGCCGCCGCUGACGCCGCAGCAGCAGCAGCGUCUCCGUCGGUUUCAGGCACUGUCGAGCCGUUUGUGCGCGAGGAGCACACCGAAGCCGCUCUCGUCGCCAUCGGGCACGGCCUCUGCGAUGUUGACGCCGGCGUUCGCAUCGCCGCCCUCGCCGCCCUCGCCACCGUCGGCAUGCCCGUUGCCUCGCCGCUACUCGCCAACCUGCAGGCUCUGCUCAACGACGAGGCCAAGGCCGUCCGCGAAGCCGCCGCAAACACCGUCGGCAGUCUCGCUCCCGGCUACACUGCCGCUGCGCACCUCAUUCCUUUCCUCACCCACCUGCUCCGCGACGAGUUCUGGAAGGUGCGUUACUCGGCUGCCAAGGCGCUUGGCAAGCUCGGCACUGCUGCCGAGCCGGCGCUCCCGAUCCUCCGCGACGUCCUUGUUGCAGGUACCGUCACCCGCAACCUCGCCGCCGCCGCCAUGGCCCGCAUCGGCGACAUUGGAAACAUGCCCAACACUCAGGUCCGCAUCGCCGCGGCUUACGGCCUCCGCAACAUGCCACUCACUUCCGAGUCGGUCGACUAUGCUGUCCGCGACAUGUUUGUGGCCGGCAAAGAUCCUAUGCCACUUGUCCGUUGCGUCGUCCUCGAGUCGCUCGCCCUCCUUGGCGCCGCCUCGGACGACAUGAUUCCCUACCUCACCGCCAAGUCGCUCGUCCCGUUCCUCUUCACUUUCCUCAACGAUGACGCUGCUGAUGUCCGCCGCAAGGCCGCUCACGCCCUCGCGGACUACGGUCCGCAGGGCGAGCUCUUGCUCAUCGAGGGCGUGCUCAAGGACCCGCAUCCUCGUGUCCGCUCGGCAGCUGCCUACGGGCUCGGCAUCCUCGGCGCCCAGUCCACUCGCACUCUCCUCCUCGCUCUCAACGACCCCGCCCCGGCCGUCAUCCGCUCCGCCUCCCGCGCCCUCCUCGCCAUCGGCCUUCAGCCUAUUGUUGCCACUCUUGCCCAGCGCCCGCCAUCGCAGCGCGACUCGGUUGCCGUCUCAGCCCGCGACGUCAUCGCCCAGGACCGCGACCGUCCACUGCCCUCGGCUGUCGUCAACCUCCUCGAUGCCAUCGCAUCCCACCUCGAUCGCGUGCAUACGUCGCAACCAUGGUAG